AUGGCCGACUCGGAGCAGCCAACGUGGAACGACACCAUGCGGACGGUCGCCGAGCCGCUGCCGCUCCUCACACGAGCCUACUAUGCCUCCGUGAUGAGCGUGCUCCAAGGCAUGGGCGCCCACGGGCAAUGGUACCAGGGCUGGCAGCAAUAUUUCUACCCUCCGGAAAAGGGCCCGAAUAUCGUCAAGACCUACGACAUCCGCCAGAACCUACCCGUCCGCCCCUGGUACCCCUUCCCCACCGCCAUCACCGACGUCGCCGCCCUCUACGUCGCCGCCGUCGACGACGAAUCCCUACCCAUCGACCCCGCCCGCAUCGCCGUCACGGGUUUCAGCGCCGGCGGCAACCUCACCCUCGGCCUCAGCCAGGUCGACUCCGUCCGGAACCACCCCCGCGCCCCGCCCAGCGCCAUCGCCAAGCGCCGCCAGUACAAGGUCGGGUCCUCCCUCGGCGGCAUCCGCGCCCAGCGCAAGGACUGGAUCCUCGGCCUCGCGCCCAUUUUCGACUGGGCCUACAUUAAAGUCGGCACCGACCUGCGUGACCCGCUGCUCUCCCCGUAUUUCGCGCCCCGCGACCACUUGCCCCGGCACGUCUUUGUCAUUGGCGCCGAGCUGGAUUUCCUCGUCUGCGAGGCGCAUCAGCUCGCGCUGAAGCUUGCCGGCAAGCAGGAUGAUCCGCGCUUCAACACCGUGCCGGGCCGGCCGGAGCCCGCGGCGGAGAUGGGCAAGUUGGAGCUCGAGGACCCGCGUUUUGCGUGGGAGGAGAGCGAUGCGCAGGGCCGUAGCGUGCGGUGGCUGCUCGUGCCGGAUCAGGUGCACGCUUUCGAUGUGCAGGUGGGUCGCUCGGUCUUGGGGGAUGAGGUGGGCGUCAAGGACGCGGUGUUGAAGACGGAGGCGUAUGUGAAGCUCAUGGGCGAGUGGCUGCUCAACAAGGUCUGGGCCUGA